ACGGUGGACGCCACAAUGAACCACUAUGUGAUCUGAAGUAGCCCUGGGGUUCAAUGUCCUGCUCUGGUGCAUUUCGUUCUGCGUCUUGAGAGCGAUGCUUUGGGAUAUGGCGACAUGUUUUUGUAGAAAUUAUUUUUCCUUAUCAUUAUCAGUUUCGAAAUGAUUAUCAGAACUCUGAUUAUGUGGAUGGUAAUGGUUCGGCAAAGUGUGCAUUUAACACAUUUCGGAUUGUUCUUCUUUCUCAAAAUCUCAAGAUCGUUACGAAAAAGUCGCAGCCGGCUCUGUUUCCUUGGUGUCAGUCCACAAAUGUUCGAUGCGACGGUGGAUGACGAAAUUCUGCUAACAUUCUUGUCCAUGUGUAAACAUUUUGAAACGCCCACCGGACUAAUUUUUCGCAAGCUGGGAAUCAAUUCUGUGGUACAUUUCUCCUCAAAUAGAAUGAAGAGGACUUGCAGCGUCUCUCGCCUACUUUCAUCCGUAGGGGUCAAUGCUCCCAACCCUAGAAUAGGGGGAUGCACGUUUAAACUCGCUUGAGCCAUUCGAACGGUUACCUUUUCGUUAGAGGAUAUCAGUUCAGAAAAGUAUCGAAAUUAAUUCGCUUAUUUUCGGUUGCAAUUUGUGCGGGGUGCAUUCAAAGAUUUAACUGAUUCCUCAGAACAUCUCGAUGCUGCAGUAAGUGCGGCUGUGGAUGCAUUGACAAAGUGAAAUCAUCCCACAAGCACACCGCCAUGACUCAAGAACUUCUCCAAGCACACGUGCCAAAUCCAUAGCGCAUUGCUCAAUAAACCUUGACCCAAGCUUCAUCGCAAACGUUACUGCGACUCCUGCUUGCUGCACAAAACUAUGUCUCCAUCUGCGCUUUGAACGUGCUACUUAGUUAACUCGAGCCAUGGAUACCCGUUGCAAAAACAGAUUCGUUGCUACAACAAAAGAAAAAUGGGACCUCAACCAGUAUUGGUAUUCCGCAAAUACAAUAGCUUCAUUAAAGAAGGAAGUCCAGGAACAUGCAACAAAGGUUGCUUUUUUAUCGACUCCCAGUGUGUGGUUUUCCCUCGAGAAUUCUGACAUCAAAAAUCGCAGCUUCUUUUUUGAUGUGGAUUCGCAAUGGGAAAAGCACUCUAACUUUGUCUACUGGAACUACAAUCAACCAAGUGAAGUAGAUCGAACGAUGCACCAUCAGUUUGACUGUGUGGUAAUUGAUCCCCCCUUCGUUACAAGAGAGGUGUGGGCCAAAUACUCCGAGGCAGCUCUGUUGCUUCUCAAAGAAGGCGGAAAAAUCAUUUUGAGUACUAUCCCUGAGAAUGCAGAGAUGUUAAAGCACAUGCUGAAUGUGAAGCGUCAAGCAUUCCAACCUUCCAUUCCUCAUUUAGUGUAUCAAUACGCCUUUUUUACAAACUACGAGUCCGCUAACUUCUCUUUUCCCAAUCCCGAGGUUGACAGCUGAAUCCAUGGGAACUGCGCAUUCCGCAUUCUCAACUUGUUAUUCACAAAUCUAAUUAUGUGAUUGAUCAUCCAUUGAGCAGAAUCUUCCAGAAAUGCUAGAUGAUGCCUUGAUUAUUUAUGCAGAGCAUCGCAGAGUUUACGAUCACCUGUCGUGAAUUGCAUGUCUCCCCCUAUUCUCCAAAAUCAUGGAGUGAGUAAUUCUGAAGGUAACAACUUUGUCACAGCUCCCUUCAAUGCGCUGCCAAUUUUCGAUAAUGUAUUAGUUUGUGAACAGAAUCCUCCCUCCAAAACUUCUUUGAAGAAAAAGAUUUAACCAGUACAAUAAAGCCAGUGGCUACAGAUGCGAGGGAUGCCAUGCUGCCCCUUCAGAAUGACAGCAAACGAUAUGAUCAAUUCAGUCAGAUUGAGCAGUCCUUACCAGGACCGCUCCUCGACAUCCUUGCGGAGAUGAUGAUGCUGAAAUUUAUACCUCCAGUUGUUUCAGCACUUCGGAUUUUUUCUGCCACUGCAACGACUCUUCGGAGGAUCUGAAGAACUUAAUCUGGAAAUUCUUGUCAACGUCUUGGAGAAUUAUUCUGUGGAUCCAUCAUGCUGGAUCGGAGCCCAGCAGCAGGCGGGCACGAGUCCUUCAAAUGUCCUUUGUUUUGCAGUCUCAUCGGAUGCCAAUGAGAAGCUACUGACUGAUAUUUUGCAGUUGUUUUCCAAAUCAGUGCACACAUCAUGCUGGACAGAGUUGCAAGUCAGACACUAAAUGUACAAACUCCAGCAGAAUGAAAAGAGGCACGAUCUUCAUAUAUGGUGUGUUGGACGUCGACCGAAACGCUAACUACGACUGUUUGACUUGCCUGGUGAUAACACCACUCCACACCAACGUCACUAGGAUAUUCAGGAGAUUUGGUUUGAGGCAGUGGAUUGGCAAACUCUGACUAUGGUUUUUCUAGGGCAUGCUUUCGAAUAAGCAACUUGAGUUUCUAGAAAAUUCUCAAAUGCAGAACAGCUUACUCAUCUUUCAAUUCUCUGGCACAUUCAGGUAUUUGCCUGAAGGUGGAUUCUCUUCUUUCGUGGCAUCACUAAUUUUUUUAUCACAGA